CCAGAUGGUGAAUAAUGCGGGCCUGGCGGCGGGAGCGCCGGGAAGAGGCCUGGCAGGGCGCUGGGCGGCUGGAGGGGCUGAGGCUCCCGAGGAAGUUCCCCUGCCACCCCCACCCGGGCCAUUGCAUCCCUGCCACCUGCGGCCUGGGGGUACCAAGGGCGCCGCCUUCCCCAGAAGGCCGUAGGGUGUCCCGGCGUGCUGGGGGCACCCACUGACCCCAAGUCCGCCGGGCCGGGGCCCGAGGGGCGUGGCCAGCGCAGGGUGGGCGGGGCUGAUGAGAGACAGCGAGAGACAGAGACAGGACAGAGAGAGCGAGCCGCGGGCUGCGAACGGCCCCCACCCGUCCCAGCUCGGCUUAGUCUCCGCGGACCCCUCCAGGCCGCGCUCCCAGGGCGUCCUGUGCCGCCACGCCCUCCAUCUGUGUCCCGCGGCGACGGGGCAGCGCCAGGGUCCUCUGCUGGGCCCGCCCCUGGUCACAGCCAGACUGACUCAGUUUCCCUGGGAGGCCCCACUGGAGCCCGUCCUUCCCCUCCCUCUGCCCUUCCUCAGCCCUCGCCCCAGCCUCGGCGCCCGCACAUCUGCCUGCUCAGCUUCAGACGGCGCCCGGACCCCCAGGCGCAGGAUCCAGCCAGGUGGGAGCCCUGCAGAUGAGGUCCCUGAAGGUGUGCCUGAACCAGUGCCAGCCUGCCCUGUCUGCAGCAUCGGCCUGAUGGGGUGGUGACUGCUCCCUCAGGGCUCCGGAGCCAUGUGGCCCAACGGCAGUUCCCUGGGGCCCUGUUUCCGGCCCACAAACAUUACCCUGGAGGAGAGGCGGCUGAUCGCCUCGCCGUGGUUCGCCGCCUCCUUCUGCGUGGUGGGCCUGGCCUCCAACCUGCUGGCCCUGAGCGUGCUGGCGGGCGCGCGGCAGGGGGGUUCACACACGCGCUCCUCCUUCCUCACCUUCCUCUGCGGCCUCGUCCUCACCGACUUCCUGGGGCUGCUGGUGACCGGUACCAUCGUGGUGUCCCAGCACGCCGCGCUCUUCGAGUGGCACGCCGUGGACCCUGGCUGCCGUCUCUGUCGCUUCAUGGGCGUCGUCAUGAUCUUCUUCGGCCUGUCCCCGCUGCUGCUGGGGGCCGCCAUGGCCUCGGAGCGCUACCUGGGCAUCACCCGGCCCUUCUCGCGCCCGGCGGUCGCCUCGCAGCGCCGCGCCUGGGCCACCGUGGGGCUGGUGUGGGCGGCCGCGCUGGCGCUGGGCCUGCUGCCCCUGCUGGGCGUGGGUCGCUACACCGUGCAAUACCCGGGGUCCUGGUGCUUCCUGACGCUGGGCGCCGAGUCCGGGGACGUGGCCUUCGGGCUGCUCUUCUCCAUGCUGGGCGGCCUCUCGGUCGGGCUGUCCUUCCUGCUGAACACGGUCAGCGUGGCCACCCUGUGCCACGUCUACCACGGGCAGGAGGCGGCCCAGCAGCGUCCCCGGGACUCCGAGGUGGAGAUGAUGGCUCAGCUCCUGGGGAUCAUGGUGGUGGCCAGCGUGUGUUGGCUGCCCCUGCUGGUCUUCAUCGCCCAGACAGUGCUGCGAAACCCGCCUGCCAUGAGCCCCGCCGGUCAGCUGUCCCGCGCCACGGAGAAGGAGCUGCUCAUCUACUUGCGCGUGGCCACCUGGAACCAGAUCCUGGACCCUUGGGUGUACAUCCUGUUCCGCCGCGCCGUGCUCCGGCGCCUUCAGCCUCGCCUCAGCACGCGGCCCAGGUCGCUGUCCCUCCAGCCCCAGCUCACGCAGCGCUCCGGGCUGCAGUAGGAAGUGGACAGAGCGCCCCUCCCGCGCCUUUCCGCGGAGCCCUCGGCCCCUCGGACAGCCCGUCUGCCUGUUCUGAGGAUUCGGGAGCUGGGGGUGCUGGAUGGACAGUGGGCGUCAGCAGCAGGGUUUUGGGUUGACCCCAAUCCAACCCGGGGACCCCCAACUCGUCCCUGAUCCUUUUACCAAGCACUCUCCCUUCCUCGGCCCCUUUUUCCCAUCCAGAGCUCCCACCCCUUCUCUGCGUCCCUCCCAACCCCAGGAAGGGCAUGCAGACAUUGGAAGAGGGUCUUGCAUUGCUAUUUUUUUUUAGACGGAGUCUUGCUCUGUCCCCCAGGCUGGAGUACAGUGGCGCAAUCUCAGCUCACUGCAACCUCCACCUCCCGGGUUCAAGCGAUUCUCCUGCCUCAGCCUCCUGAGUAGCUGGGACUAUAGGCGCACACCACCACGCCCGGCUAAUUUUUGUAUUUUUAGUAGAGACCAGUUUCACCGUGUUGGCCAGGCUGGUCUUGAACUCCUGACCUCAGGUGAUCCACCAGCCUUGGCCUCCCAAAGUGCUGAGAUCACAGGCAUGAAUCACCACACCUGGCCAUUUUGUUGUUGUUGUUGUUUUGAAACGGAGUCUCACUCUGUGGCCCAGGCUGGAGUGCAGUGGCGCGAUCUCGGCUCACUGCAACCUCUGCCUCCCGGAUUCAAGCGAUUCUCGUGCCUCAGCCUCCCCAGCAGCUGGGACUACAGGCGUAAGCCACUGCGCCUGGCCUUGCAUUGCUCUUUGACCCUGAAUUUGACCUACUUGCUGGGGUACAGUUGCUUCCUUUUGAACCUCCAACCGGGAAGGCUCUGUCCAGAAAGGAUUGAAUGUGAACGGGGGCACCCCCUUUUCUUGCCAAAAUAUAUCUCUGCCUUUGGUUUUAUUUUCCUUUGGGUCCAGAAGUUGUCAAUCUCUGGAGUUUUGUACAUUGGCCCUCACCCGGGGCAGACGAGGGCAGGGCUGGGAAGGAUGGGGAGGGACAGAGAGGAUUCAGUUCCUCCCCCACCUUGUUUCUUGAGUGUUUCCUAAUCACUUGAUGAGUGGUUCCACCUAGAAUUCUCCCAGCAGCCUGUAAUGGGAGGGCUACAGGUCAGCCCUGGAACCUGCAUUCAAACCACCUUUGAAUCUGCGUGUUAAUAAAAGUAGAUAUAAAUGG